AUGCUUGAUGAUCGUGGCAGUUGUGGCUUGACUACCAAAGCUGGUUCCGUUCCUUAUAAUGCGCAAGCCAUUGCAACGAAGACUUCGUACUUUUGUGCGAUUCUCCAAAUAGAAACUUGCCCCGUGAAUUUCGUUCGGAACUCCGGCACUCGUGAUGUUUGUCCAUCGAGAUCGCUUAACGUAAAUUCGUCGACAUUUUCUACCUAUGUGCACAAAUGCCGUGAUUUUGCCGAGUACCGUUCUCCAAACCGCCGUUGUGUAUUUUUCGCACGCCAGUCAAGUCGUGUUCCAAACCAGAGCGAAAAAGUCGGAGUUUCCGCAUGCGUUCCCGUUCUUCUCGGAAGCAGGGAAUCCGCGAGAGCGCCGGCCCGCCUACGUGUGUUGCCCGUGACCGAGCGUUUUCACCGGACCGUACCGCCCGUUGGCACCCGACGAUGGAAGGCCCAGAACUCGCGAGCCCUUACUCUAGUACGAGUCGUGGGGUCGUGGCGCGUUCCCUCGAAUUGCCCGUUUGCCCCCUUCCUCCUCCUUUUUUCAUUCCCUCCCAAGCAUCCGCAGUAUCGGUCACAUAAUCCGCACACCAGUCACCAGUACGAUUGCGAGUACUUCGGCAGGGCUUGUAACACCGAGUAUCCUACCGACCCCGCAUCCGCGAGCGAUCUCUCGGCUAGCAAUAGAAGCACGGUCGGAACUCGAAAACAAAAGGCGAUUGUUUUUUGA